AUGGCUUUAGAGGCUUCUCUUGCUGCUCUUUCCAUUGCUCAAGUGUCCUCCCAGGGCCUGAACGCUACCAAAUCGCUUGUCUUCAAGCCAAAGACCGCUAAGACCGCUGUCCCUGUCCCUGUUGUCGUCUUUGCUCUCCACUCCACACAGACUCCAGCCAGUGCCAUUGCCCACGCUGCCGGCGUCAAGGAGCCACGUCUUGCUAAGGACGAGCUUGUGGAGGAGUUCUUCGGCGUACACGCUAAGGAGUUCUCCGUCGCCUCUGUGACCAAGGAGCACGCUGGCAAGAUCAAAGUGCUUGUCGAUGAGGCCCUAUCAAAGGACCAGGUUUACGAGCUGGCCACUGAGUCCGCUAAGGCUGGCGUGUCCGGUAAGGACAUCUUGGGCUACUUGGAGACCACAGGUGUCGAGCUGAUCCCAGUGGACUUCUCUGCUGUGCCAGAGGUGAAGAAGGAGGCUGCUGCUCCUAAGAAGGAUGCUUCUGCUGCAAAGAAGGAGAACAAGGCUCAGUUGGAUGCUAAGCUCAUCGGUGUCACUGUCGAUAAGUUCCUCGACUUCCCAGGCUGGUAUCAGCAGAUCUUGACCAAGGGUGAAAUGCUCGAGUACUACGACGUUUCAGGCUGUUACAUCAUGAGACCAGCAUCGUACUUCAUCUGGGAGGUUAUCCAGGACUUCUUGAACACCAGAAUCAAAGCCCUGGGUGUUAAGAACUGCUCUUUCCCACUCUUUGUCUCUUCAAGAGUUCUGGAGAAGGAGAAGGACCACAUUGAAGGCUUUGCUCCAGAGGUUGCGUGGGUCACCAGGGCCGGUAGCUCGGAGCUGGAUGAGCCAAUUGCCAUCAGACCAACCUCUGAGACCGUCAUGUAUCCAUAUUACUCCAAAUGGGUCCAGUCUCACAGAGAUUUGCCAUUGAAGCUCAACCAGUGGAACUCCGUGGUUAGAUGGGAGUUCAAACAUCCACAACCUUUCUUGAGAACCAGAGAGUUCUUGUGGCAAGAAGGCCACACUGCUCAUUUGACCUUUGAAGAGGCCAAUGAAGAGGUGUUGCAAAUCUUGGACUUCUACGCUGCUGUCUAUGAGGAGCUCCUCGCUGUGCCAGUGGUUAAAGGUAAGAAGACCGAAAAGGAGAAGUUUGCUGGUGGGUUCUUCACAACCACUGUGGAAGGUUACAUCCCAGCUACUGGACGUGGUAUCCAAGGUGGUACCUCUCACUGUCUUGGCCAGAACUUCUCCAAGAUGUUCAACAUCUCCGUGGAAAACCCUGAAGGUCCAGAUAAGCCAAAGCUCUUUGCAUGGCAAAACUCCUGGGGUUUGUCCACCCGUGUUAUUGGUGUCAUGACUAUGAUUCAUUCGGAUAACAAGGGUCUUGUCAUCCCACCAAGAGUUGCUCAAACCCAAGCUGUUAUCAUUCCAUGUGGUUUGACCGUUAAGACCACGAAGGAACAAGAGAAUGCCAUCUUGGAUGGUGUGAAGGCCAUUGAAACAAGAUUGAAUAAGGCUGGCAUUAGAGCCAUCGGUGAUUACCGUGAUAACUACUCUCCAGGCUGGAAGUUCUCCGACUGGGAGCUUAAGGGUGUGCCACUUCGUCUGGAGUUUGGUCCAAAGGACUUGGAGAAGCAGCAGGUCACCGUGGUUCGUCGUAACGACUCUAAGAAGUUCAAUCUCUCUCUCGAUUCUCUUGAAGAGGAGUUGCCAAAGAUCUUGGACCAAUUGCACGAUGACCUCUUCGCUAAGGCUAAGGAGGCAUUCGAUUCUCACAGAAUCCUCGUUGAGGACUGGAAGGACUUUGUCCCAGCACUCAACGCUAAGAACGUCAUCUUGUCCCCAUGGUGUGGCCGUAUGGAGUGUGAAGAGGACAUCAAGGACUCUUCUGCUAAGAAGGAUGACGGCGAGGAUGAGGAAGUGGAUGAGAAGGCCCCAUCCAUGGGUGCAAAGUCGCUCUGUAUCCCAUUCAACCAGCCAGAGUUGAAGCCAGAGACAAAGUGUGUCAAGUGUGGUGAGAAGGCCAUCAACUACACAAUGUUUGGUCGUUCCUACUAA